AUGUCGGCAUUUAAAAUCUUGAAAGAUGUCAGUAUAAGCUUCGAAGCUGAUCUGCGAAAAUUAUCUAAUGAACAGUUUUCGGUUAAAAUCGGAGAGCCUUUCGAGGAAGUGCUUUCAAAGAAGCUUCAUACUCCUGAAGUACCUGAACAAGAACAGAAUGAAAAGAACACUUUACAGAAUUACAACGAUGCUGUCACCGCAAAGGUUUUGGAACAACAGAUCGUCAAGUUUCUUUGUCAGUCUCAUUCUGUGAAGUCUAUUAUCACGACACCCGACAGUAAUCUUGAUCCGGAAUUCCUCGAUUGCGUUUUGUUGGAAAAGGAGAAAGAAUUGGAUAGGGUUAGAGAGGAAUGGGAUAAAGAACUCGGAGAGUUAAAAGACAUGAGAGACAGUGUGGAUGGUACAACAGAAAUGGAGCCGGGGCCUAUGUAUAAGAAACUUCGCACUUUAGUCGACAAGAUGGAGCUCAUGAGGUGGUUGAUCUCGAAGUUGGUGACGUCACGGACUGGCGACCGAUACGAUUGGCUGACGGACCCUCACAACAGGCGGCGAGCACUGAAAGUGGCUAGAGAAGACAAUACCAUGGAGAAGUUUUUGGAGAGCUAA